GCAACGAAUCACGGAUGAGUGCAAAUAGUAAUUUCCCUUUUCUUUUACUUGACAAUAUCACUUAUUACAUCCAUGGUGCUUUACAGUAAAAUGGCGGUCAAAAACAUUUCUGAGUCAGUCUAUGUUGGACUUUGUGACAAGGUAGGGACUCCACAACAGGUUGCCUUCAGAAGAGAGAUUUCCUACGUAUCCGAUUUGUUCCUGAAUCAAGUUCAAAAAAGAUUCGGUGAUGACGAUUAUCUUAGCGGUAAUGGUGUGAACAAAAUCGUAGUUACUGGAAGUCAUAGAGAAGGAUUCAGAUUAAAUGGAUCUGAUAUUGAUUUUAUGCUCUGUUAUAACUGUCCAGUGAUUUGGAAUUUUACUCAGUCCCAGUUUUACAACAUACAAAGACAGGAGGUGAUCCUCUGUGACAGUUCAGAGAGUCCACCAGGAUUCACUUUACUUUUGUUACCAACGGAAGAAAGUAAUGGUUAUUUUUUGCCAUUUCGUGUUAAGAUAAAUGGGAGACUUUACAUAUCAAGUUCCAAACACAGAGAAAUGACCCUAUCGCGCGGUUGUACAAUACAUGGACCAUGUAGUUCUGUUAGAUACGAAGAUGUAGAAUUCGAUUUUGCCAAAUGUUUUGCUAGUGAUUUUUGGCCUCCUUCUGCAAUCCCGUGGAUAUAUAGAUGUCACCAUUGGCCCCCAGUCCAUGUUGUCAACGAAAUUGUCAGUAACGGAUGCCACGUUGUAGCAAUAGGACACAGACUAGGAAACCAUGCAGACGAUGAAUGGAGAAUAUCGUUUUCUCAAGCUGAAAACAGACUUGUGUACUCAAUGAAUCACACACAAUUCUUAACUUAUGGUUUAUUGAAAUUGUUCUUAAAGGAAAUAAUCAACAAGGGGUUGAGAGAGGAAGACAAACUACUGUGUUCUUACCACAUGAAGACAGUUGUUUUUUGGGCCAUUCAACAAAAUGUACUGUCUCAUUGGGGGUCACAAAAUAUUUUAGCAUGUUUCUGGGUCUGCUUUAAACUUCUUCUUAAAUGUGUGUAUGAUGGGGUUUGUCCUAAUUUUUUUAUUCCAUUAAACAACAUGUUUUUGGGCAAAAUCCAUGGUGGAGCGAGAACAGAUUUAUUUAAACAACUUUAUGAGUUGUAUAAAAAGGGUAUAGCAUUAUUGCUUCACAGCCCUUCUAUCAGGUCUUAUAUAGUUGAUAUCCUAUGUAAUCCCGGGACAACGGUUUGUGCUGCUGAAACUGCAUUGAUGUCUGGCAAUGAAUUUAAUUCCAAAUUGCUUCUUGAAAUUGAAACUCAUUUAUGGUCCCAUCUUGAGACAGGCCUAUUAAGAUGCAUUAACGACUUACAAGUUGUAGAACAGUUCAUUGGAUUACCUCUGACUUGGUUUCAAUUAGCAUGGUUACAAAAAAUGGGGUGUAAAUAUUUUCAGGAUACUGCUUUUAACUUAUAUCACACAUACAAAAAUACAGCAUCGAACAGAAGUCUGUAUAUUGCUGACAAAAUAGCCUGUCACCUGCUGAAACUGGCAGCCAAGUUUGGGGUUGGUAAUGAUGUCUUGUAUUUAAGUAUGUAUUAUUACAAAACAUUCAGAUACAGAAAAGCUUUAUUUGUUUUACAGAUGGCAAAUCUCAUCACUGAUAUAGUAUAUUUUGACUUAAAAAACGAUGCCGAGACCACAAGGGGACACUCUCUAUCAUCACUGUUCAGAAAUACUCUGAUAAAAUUUGUCUUUCUUCAAACUGACAUUUCAUACAUUGAUGAAUUGAUACUAGAACAAGAGUUUGCGAAGAAAACUGUAAAAGGCACACUGAAUAUACCAGGUUCAGUUAUCUUACACAUGUUAGAAUUUCUGUGUUUUAGACAUGUUGACUCAGUGAGGGCUCAAGAAUCCCUAGAUUCUCUACAGGUCGUGGUACAAGGUGUAUUAGGCGAUGCUAUUUCAUGGGAGAUUCUGGGGAUCUGUCAACAGAUUGCAGGAAACAUCCACGCUGCCCUGUACUCAUACCAAAUGGCACUAUGUAAGAGUAAAGACAAUGAUUCUGUUUUACAUACUGUUGCCAUACAGAGAAUACAGGAAUUAGAGAGCAACCAUUACAUUCCUUGAGUUAACACAAACUUUAGAAUAAAAAUUGCAAUACUGAUGUAAUAUGUUUUAUGUGAUGUUUAAUUAUAUUAUAUAUUGAUAAAAAAAAAA